AUGAGCAGAACAAUGGUGGCCAGGCUCCGACUGGGGAUGCUGCUUCUGGUGCUGCUCUUACCUACGCAGAUUUAUUCAAAUCAAACAACUGUUGUAACACCUUCAAGUAACUCCUCCCAGAAUAUCUCAGCUGCCCCCAAUCCAGCCAAUGCCACCAUCAUGUCAAGUGAUGAUGCUCCGCAGUCAACAGCCAGUCUCUUCAUGAUCUCAGUCUCCCUUCUACAUCUCUGCUGUUAA